AUGGUGUCAGACACGGGCCACAGUAAGCUAUGUUCAUGCAUUGGUUAUGCCAUACGAAAGGCAGCGAUCCUCAAAGUACCAUCUGAUGUGGAGAACCACCUCAAGGCGGCCAUGAACAUGCUCCGUCAGGCCAGGGAUGACUGCCGACAACAGUUGCGGGAACAGUUGCAGGACUUCAGCUAUGAGCCACUCCGCACUUCUGGCACUCCAGAUGCUCCUCUUGCCACAACACUCAAUCUUGCUGAGCUUCUUUUCCCACAUGAUGGGGAACCCGAACAAGCUCAAGGGGAGAGGCGUGACCCUUCAGCAGGUGAUCCCAACAUACGAAAGCCUGCCAUGCUGAAGCACUUGCGCGAGACUGCUAUAGUUCAGGAUACUGAUGCUAUGGACACAGGGGGGCCCAACCAACACAAACGAGACAACCAUGACCUCAGAUCUGGCGAUUCUUGCGAACCGAACACCUUUCCUUCCUUGCGGGAUGAUCCAGAAGGCUUCGUGCGACAUUUUGUUGCACAGGCGAAGAGCGAUGCGGAGGUGGUAAAGGGGUUGCAAGCCAUUUUGUCCGAUCUCCAACGAGAGCACAGGGAGGCCCCUCGCGGUGAACGACGCUCAUGGCUCAUUCGUCUGUGCGUGAUACUUCGUGAAGAGAUUCGCGAACAUGGCGGCACGGAAGAGGUCAUUGCGGACCUGAAGCAGCAGCUCUCCGCGUUGCGCGAGGCACGAUAUCAGGAGGAGAUGGCGGAAGUGAUCCUCGCUGCAGCGCAAGAGGUGAAUCUUCUCCCCAAGCCCGCGGAAGCCUCCGCGCCAACACAAUCCAUGGUCAGGCCUCUGCUACCGCCAUCCCAGGGGCUCCUGAUGCCCGGGGAGACCACGGAGCCGCAAAGCCCGCCGCCGGCGGCCACGCAGCGCCACGCCAUACUGAUGUCUCCAAUGGGACCCAAAGAGCGGCCAGCGGAGCAUGCCAAAGAAUCGCCAGAGAUGGAGGCGCCUCCCCGGGGCCUGGUGGCUGCGAAGAUCCUGAUUCCUGGGGUGCCUUCGGGCAUCCCAAGAAUCGGAAUAUGA